AUGGCGUCUUGGGGCGUAUCCCCGUCGCCGAAGGACCGAACCCGCCCGCAACCGACGACGAAGGGCAAGGGAAACAAAGCGAACUGGGGCUACAGCUACAAGCCCACGAUCGAAGAAAACCCAUUCUCGGACUGGGCGGAUACGCACCGGCACUUGGCGAGCCCGUCGCGUCAGCGCCCGACGGCGACGACGAAGGAGAAGCCGCGGUGGAAGCGGAGCACGGACACGACGGACCAGUUCCCGAGGCUCGCGGACUCCCCCGCGCGGGCGUACGGUCGCUCCGGCGCGGAGACAGGAGGCGGCGUGUUCACCCCCAGAGGCGGUGGCAAGGAGACGUGGAAACGAUACGAUUUGCCUCCGCUCGGUACCGCGCAGCUGGACGAGACCGUCGUGAAAGGGACGCUCGGUCCGCGGAUCUCGAACCCGCAGUCGUCGUUCGGGAAGCAGACGCUCGGGCACAAGAAGAACGAGCCCGCGACGGUCUUCUCGAGGACCGAUCGCGUCGCGGCGUCGCGGCUCUUCGUGCGAUCGGACAACCCGAAUCGACACGUCCAAGACUCCGUGGAGCAGGCGGAGUUUUACGAGGGCGGACGACGCGUCAACAGCGGCGGUCAGAGGGUGAUCCGACCGGGGCCGGGGCAGUACGAGCGCGACGCGCCGUGGGAGAAGUUCGGGAACCACGGGACCAAGACGGACUUUGGCAAGCGCGAGGGGCGGUACGGGCCCGUCGAGCACUACAAAAUCAUUCGAGAGCCGCAAGCCGGCGCCGCGUACGACCAGGUAAGGCGACUCAACGAUAGGGAUAGCGGCAUGGACGGCUUCGACAAAGACUACAGCUCGCUGGGACGUCAGCUGUCCGCGGAGAAGGGCACGGCGCCGGAGUUGACGUUUAAGUCUCGCACGACGCGCGAGCAGAACAAAGGGAAGUACAUCGGCGGCGGUUUCGAGCGCGAGGACCUCAACAGAGACUCCCCGGGGCCCGCGGCGAACUACGACGCCGCGCCGAGCUCGUUGGGGACGCAGAGGACGAGCAAAUACAACACGGCGCCGGCGUACAAGUGGGCGCCGUCGCGCAACUUGAAGCCCGGAGAGGACGUCAACUUGAUGAACGCGCGCGUCGCGAAAGCGGACCGGAACGGCGUCGUGCUCUUCGCGCGGAAGCCGCUCGACACGCCCGGGCCAGGGGCGUACUUCUAGACGCCGCCGGUCCCGAAGUCCACGCGGAAGAGCGUCUCCGCGGGCGUCGCCGCCGGAGCCGGGACCGGGACCGGGACCGGGGCGGCGGCGGCGAGCGCGGGCGCGGGCGUUUCCGGCGACGCGGGGGAAGCGCGCGCGACGACGGCGGCGACGAAGAAGCGAUGACCGACGCGAUCGGAUCGGCCGGGGCGAGCGAGGGGGGAGAGAGGGGGUAAGUAGGCGGGAAGAACGACAGACGGGAGGAGGGAUGGGGGCGAGCAAGACGACCGCGAGGGGUGUAGGGGUAACGUAAUUCAGUUUUAACCACGCAAGCACAGCAGAGUGCGAAAAG